AUGCGCCACCAGUAUUUAUCUCCUAUUGUUAUGGAUUUCAUAUCUGGAAACCCUCAGAGCUCAGACGGAGAUGACUGCGAGAACGAUCAGCAUCGUCAUCGUCCCCACGGACUCUCCAUAGCUCAACCGUCUGACCUGAUCAUGGAUUCCGACCUGAUUCUGCAGGACGUUCGAAGCCUCCAGAAGCGUGUCUCCCGCCUUGAGGACAAGCUACUCGAAGACAACGCCCAGACUAGCGCUGCGGCUGCGAUUGGCGAGAUCAAAACUCAGAUCUCGCAGAUUCUUACCAGCCAGAAGACUUUGCAGUCGACCAACGAGCGCAUCCUGAAGAAGCUCGAUGAUCUGAUACAAGCCGAAGAUGUCACCCUGGCAGUCACCAAUCACAUUUCCCCAAAGCAUGACGAUCAAGCCAACGCCCCGAAGGUCGCCGGGGAACUGACUGAGGGACAGCGUAAAGAUAACAUCCUGUCUGCAUGGAAGAACCAAAGCAAAAUUGAUCGCCUCGCCCACAAGUUGAACCCAUCCAUGCCACCGGGUACACUAGGCCUUUCUGGCCGGUACCCGAGUCCAUACGAGGAGACGCCAGAGGGCGUCGUCCUCAGUCAGCACCGCAUCGAUGCUUCGAAGGCGAAAUCCAAGUAUGCCCACAACAACCUCUCCGGCCUCAACACCGAGUCUAAUAUUAGGGAGUACCGGAAGGCCAUCGGACCAUUCUCCACGGCUGCCGAGAGGCUUACGUCCCUCAGAGAGAACUACCUGAAGAUCCCCAACCACAGCCAUGACCUCACUAUCCGGAAGAAGACGGAUCUUACUGUGCUGUCUCCCACCGAGGACGCAUCAGUCCGCGAGCCAGCCUGCUGUAUAUGCGAAAAAGUCACCUGUAGCACUCCUCAUCACUGCUUGUCAGGUCGGAAUUCCUCGGUCGACAUUCCUCGAGUUCCUGGUCAUUUGGCCGGCAUCCGCUCUGCUUGUUUUGACGGCGAAAAUCCAAUGGACUCGUGA